AUGGUGAAGAUUCAUCCUGACCAGACAACCUCCGGCGCCGGAGAACAAACAAGUUCGCCGUACUUGACGACGGAGAAAGAGAGUUUCACGAUCUGGAUGAAAUCGUUGGUGUUCAAUACAAAUGGCUGCACCGUCUUCGAUUCCAAAGGAAAUAUAAUUUAUCGUGUCGAUAAUUAUAAUUCUAAGAGCUGCCGUGAAGUUUAUCUCAUGAAUUUACACGGCCAUGUCUUGUUUACCUUACGUAGACAGAAAUUUGGAUUAUUCAAGACCUGGGAAGGAUAUAGAACACUAUCUGGGACAGAUGAAUCAGCAACAAACUUGGAAUAUUUCCGAGUGGAAAAUAAUAUUUUCCAAAUACCGAGUAAAGAUUCAUCUUCUUCCCAUAGAGUCUUAACGGGAUCAUGUAGAAACGACGAACAAUACUGUUAUAAGAUGGUAACUCGGGGAUCAAGUUUACGAAUCGAGGACAAUUGUGGAAGAGUUGUGGCAGAAGUGAAGAGAAAGCAAUCGAGGAAUGGUUUGGAACUAGGAGAAGAUGUUUUGACAAUGAUGGUGGAGUCACAAGUUGAUCACUCUUUCAUCAUCGGACUUUUUUUAACUCAUAGACUUAUCAACUGUAAACUGUAA